UAUCAAAUAUCAAUAUAAAAAAGAAAACAAUACUAAAAUUUAUACACUAAUUAUCUUAAUACAAAUAUUUUUCGUAAACAAUUAAAAAAUUAGUUAAGAUUAAAUUUAUUAUGAUUAGUCCAUUAUGAUUGUUUAAGAUGCAGUCGACCUUUCACACUGAAAAUUUACCAGGUUUGCUUUUGUACCUUGUAAAAUCUGCAGAGCUAUGGUUUUACAAAGUAGAUCAACAAAGCACAACGCAGUUAGUGGAGGCUAUCAACUUAAUUUUACUAAAUGGUCUAAAGUAUUCUGAUAAUUGUGCAAGUUAUCAACAAUUUCUUAAUGACCUGUUUUGGCUUAACGCUUUUAACUCAAAAUUUGAUAUUUCACUUUCUGAUGUUGUAAAUAAAAAGCAAUUUUCAAAAGUUUUAUCAUUGUGGAUUUAUGAAAAAUUUGGUGAAUCAUCAUUAUGUUCAAAUCUUCAACUUCUGUUAUCAGACAAAGAACUCAUGGAAACUCAUUACACUGAAAAUGCAUUUUUAAGAGAUGAAAUUUAUUCAAAUGCAUGCCUUAUAUGUAUAUCUGCAGUUGAACUGCGAAAACCCGUUUUAUUAAAUUUUGCCAGCCAAAGUUUAUAUAUACCUGUUGACGAAACGCAACAAUAUAAAUCGCAUCGACGAUCAAGUUCUCAUCCUCAUUUUUCUACUUCUCCAAAUACAAAAUUUAAAGAAAAAGAAGAAAAAAUCAAUUCACUUUUCACUACCGAAAUACCUUUGGAGCAAAAAACAGUUCACGAUUUAGUUCAAUUUGAUGAAAUAAAAAAAAGAAAAUCUGCUUUAAAUUUGUCAUUUGCUAUUGCGAGAAAGUGUAAAAGUUUACCAAAUAUUGCAGAAACAUUCAAACAGAGGCCACGCAGUCAAACUGUUUCGCAACCAAUGUCGAUUCCACAAAGGGACAUUCAUCAAUUGAAAUAUCGCAGACUCAGUGGAUCUAGUCCGAAAAUAGAUGUAUUUUCAGAAUCUCAACUUACCACACCAGAUGACGGUUGCAAAGUAAAUUUUAUAGUUUGCUCAAGUUCUGACGGAACUUUCAGAGACACUCAAAGCUCUUAUGACAAAGGAGCCAUAAAAAAAAAAUUAACCCCAGAGAAAAGCCAACACAACAAAAAAUUGUCAUCAUGCCGUUACAAAUCUAACAAAACCAUUAAAUACAAUAAAAGUAAUAAUUAUUUACACAACAGUGCGGAUAUAAAAAUUCAUUUUGAUCGAGAUGAUCCAAACGCUAAAAUUGCAGAUUUAAAUAAAAACGAAAAAGUUAAUCAUAUUUCAUCGUCACUGACAUCCACAUCAUCAAAAGGAAUUAGUCCUAUAAGUUUCUUAUCGUCUAUGUCAAAGAAUAUUUUUUCUCCAAAAAGCGAUCCAAUUUCAAUAAGAUCUUGUGACAAAUAUAGUAUGAAUUCAAAUUCUUCCUCUAUAGCUGGUUCCUUUUCAAACUCAUUAAGUAAAAAUGAUGUUCUGAGUUCGUUUGGUUGUACAAGAGAUGGUGAAAAACUUAUCAAGGCUCAUGUUAACGUCUUUGAUGAUCUUAUGCUCACUCCAGAUUCUUCAAAUCUAAAUUCAAAUAAUAGUCGUUCAAAUACUAUUUUUGAUGAUCAAAAUUUAGCUUCAUUAUUAAAGACAAAUUUAUUUUCAAGUAAUCAUACCGAUUUGGAACGAGAAAAUGCACAUUUUAAAAUUUCAGAGGCUGUGAUUUCUGUAAUAGAACAUAUUAAGUGGACCAAAGCUGAAGGAGAAAUUGUAAAAAAUUUAAUAAAAAAGCCAAAAAAUGCUGAGAAAGUAGAAACCGAUCCCAUAAAAGAUAAAUCAGAAGCCAAAAAAACCGAAAAUAUUGAUAAAAAAAAUGAAUUUAUUGAAAUUGUUGAAACUGCCACUAGUUAUUUAGAUACUAAAGAAGAUUCAAGUGCACCUUCCACCGCCGAAUCAGCAAAUGAAGAUAAAGAUUACGAUGAAUUAUUAGAUUCAUACGAUAACGUCCACUUGGAACAUGUCGCUUAUGCUGAAUGGGGAUGUGGUUUUGAUUCACGUUCAGCCGAAAAUGUAGGCUUAUCUUUGAUAUCAAAGUUUAAUGACACAGAUUUACCCCGUGUAGCAGAGCUUAAAUGGUUGGUAUCAGAAGAAAUUUGUACAAGAUAUAAUGUACCACAAGAUCUUUUACCAAUUCCUGAUGUAAAUAUAUCAGAAAACCCGGAUGAUCAUGUUGUACAUCAAAUUCAAAGAGGAACGAGAGAUUGGGCACCACCUAGAAAACAAAUAAUCUUUACAGACCAUCAUUCUGUUGGACGUAAAACUCAAAUGCAAAAACAAAAUUACCGUUGUGCUGGGUGUGGUAUGCGUGUUGCUCCAAUUUAUUCAAAUCGAUUUCGUUAUUGUCACUACUUAGGAAAAUAUCAUUGUACAGGAUGCCAUCGUAAUCAUAAAUCAAUUAUUCCGGCUAAAGUAUUGAAGAAAUGGGAUUUUGGUUUAUAUCCCGUUAGUGUAUUUUCUUAUAGGUUAUUAGAAGAAAUAUGGCAAUAUCCUUUAUUUAUAUUAUCCCACCUUGCGCCAACAUUAUACAAACGCGUUCGGAGUUUGGCUGUUGCAAAACUGUAUAGAACUCAAUUAAAGUAUCUUAAGGAUUUUAUUACUACGUGCAGAUUUUCACAAAACGAGGAGAAAUUAUUUUAUGAAAUACAAACCUACGUAACUGUUGAUCCAGAUAAAUGGUCAAUGUCUGAUUUUGUGGAUACAAAAGAGGGAACAUUGCAAAAGAAUUUAAAAAUAAUAAUUGAUAAAUGCGAAAGACAUAUCUCAAAUUGUGUGGUAAUAUCAAAACUGUGUGCUGCUCGAGGAUUCAUUUGUGAGAUAUGUUUUAGUGAAGAACCUGUUUAUCCUUGGCAAGUUAAAGUUACACGUUGCGAAAAAUGUGGUACGUGCUAUCAUAUAAAAUGUUUUCAAAGUCUACCAAAUGGAGAGUGUCGAAAAUGUUAUAGAUUAACAAAGAAGUGUUUUGAUGUUAAUGAUGAAAAAAUGUUUAAUGAAGCUUUAUACUGUAUUUAAAUAUUUUUUAGCAAAUUCAAUGAAGGUAGAUGUUUUGGAGAAAGAAGUGCUCAACUAAUACUGAUUUUAACUCUAAGUGUUAUGAUAUUUUCAUAUAUCUGAUUUUGAUUUUAAUAUAUUUUAAUAUUCAAUAGUUUAUGUUCUGUAUACUUUAAGUUUUAGGGAAUUUUUUUUUUUAUUUAAAAUUAUUAUCUAUGUACAUAGGUUUUUAAAGUUUUUCUGUAUUAUAUUUGAAUACAAUAGCAAUAGGAGAGGCAAGCAUAAAAGCAACUUCAAAUUUAUUUUUAAUUUUUUUCUGUGUUUUGUAACUUCGAUAUUUGUUCAGCUUUUAUAAGAAUUAUCUAAUAUUAAAUGUUUCAAUAUAAGUUAUGAAUUUGAAGUUACAAUGCUACUCUUCAAUCACAUUUAAUCAUUAUUUACAUACACAUACGGAUAUAUUUUAAAUGUAUUAAAUACAAUUAGUAAAUAUAAAUAAUAAUACAUAUUUUUUUUUAAUCAACCGUAAAUAUAAGAACGUUAAAUCGUAUUUUUUAA